UCACUCACACUCUCUUCAUUUCUCAAAAUCACCAAAUUUGCGUUUUCAUUUCACUCUCUUUCAUAGCUUCAGAGAAACCCUUUCUUCAAGGGUUAGGGUUUCCAUUUUCGCAUCAAUGGCACGAGUACGAAAAAAAUCUCUUCUCGAAGAUGAAGAACAAGAGAAAAUCCGAAGGAAAGGGAAAAGGAAAUUAGCUUCUACUGCCGACGAUGAUGCAGAGGAAGACUUGGAUGAGUUUGAGAUUGAUGGGUUUUUAGUUGAUAAUGUCGAAGAUGAAGAAGAUGGUGGGGAAGAAGAUAAUCCUAUGCAAACGCAAAAGAAGAACAAGAGAAGGAGAUCAGCAAGAAACAUUGUUCUUGAUGACGAAGACCUCGAGUUAAUCCGUGAGAACAAGAGCUUAAAUCAAGGAAAAAUGAGUGCUGGAAAACUCAAGAGGCUCAAAAAGACUGGUGUAGAUACUGAGCCGAUGGAACACUCUUCUGAUGAUGAAGGAUCUCUUUUUGAUGGGCUUUCUGAAGAUGAGUCUAAUGAUGCAGAAUAUGAUAUGUCAGAUGAUAUGUCAGAUUUUAUAGAGGAUGAAGAGCCUGUUGUCUAUGGGAAAGGAGAUUCUCUCAUCAGGAAAAAAAAGUUUAAAGACAUUAAACAUUCGUCUUCGCUUUCAAAAGAAGCCAAGCGUAGAUCUGGCAAGUCAGGUCUUCCGGAUCAGCCUAAAAAUAAGUACGGAGCUGGAGAGGGUAUAUCUGUAGCUGAUGCAGACUUACCUGAGAGGAUUAAGAUAAUUGAGGACAUUGUAGGAUCUAUUCCAGUUGACAGAAUGAGUAUUGAAGAAGAAAGUUCUUGGAUACUCCGUCAACUUGUGUCCAACAUAAAUCCAAUGUUCAGCGAGGCCAAAUCCUGCAAACUAUUUGAUUCAGUAAAUAGGGAAGAUAUUGUUAGGUUCUUGGAAUUGCAUCAUAUAAAGAAAUAUGAUAUUCCGUUUAUUGCAAUGUACCGUAAGGAACACUGCCCCAGUCUUCUGGGAGAUGGUAAACAGGAUGAGUCAGAAAAUACAUUAUUGAAUGAUGGUGAGGGAAAGCCUAAACUGAACUGGCACAAGAUACUCUGGAUAAUCAAGGAAUUGGAUAUAAAAUGGCUACAUCUUCAGAAGCGGAAGAGCAUGCUCCAAAAGUACUAUAACAAACACUUUGAGGACGAAUGCCAAAUGUCUUUCCUUGCCGAGGAAUCCAGUUUUCAUAAGCAGAUUUUUGACUCGAUCACCAAUAUGCUUGAGAAGGCUGAAACAGAGAGAGAGAUUGAUGAUAUUGAUAUGAAGUUUAAUUUAUACUUUCCACCAGCCGACGAGUUCUUAAGUAGUGGCUAUAAAAGGCCUCUGAUGAAGACAUACUAUUCCGAUUGCAGAAAGGCAGGAUUGUCAUCACUUGCUAGGAAAAUUGGAAAUCCUGAGAAAUUUGGUUCUCUAGUUACUCUUAACCAAGUGGGAAUUGUCAGUGAAGAAGAUCCAGAGGAAUCUCCGGAGGUGAUGGCUUCAAUAUAUACAUGUGAAACUUUUCCAACAUCAGAAGCUGUACUUAAAGGCGCCAGACACAUGGCUUCCUUGAUGUUAAGCUGUGAGAUACCUUUCAGGAAAUAUGUCCGCGGCAUAUUUAUGGAUAAGGCUUUAGUAUCAACUCGCCCUACAUUGAAAGGAAAUAUAGUAAUAGAUUCCUUUCAUGAAUUUGCUGGAUUUAAGUGGCUGAAGGAUAAACCUCUCUUGAAGUUUGAGGAUUCUCAGUGGCUUCUCAUUCAGAAGGCUGAAGAAGAGGAGCUUCUUAAAGUAGACAUAAAGUUGCCUGAUGAUGCUGUAAAGGAGUUGAUGAAGGUCUGCAAUGAUGCUUAUCUAAAAGACAGUGAAGGAACAUCUACUCAACUUUGGAAUGAGCAGCGUAAAUUAAUCCUGCAGGAUACUAUUUCAAACUUUCUUUUGCCUUCUAUGGAGAAGGAAGCACGUGCAUUGUUAAAUGCCAAGGCAAAAAACUGCUCAUUAAUGAAAUAUGGGAUGCAGUUUUGGAAUAGAGUCUCUGUUGCACCAUAUCAAAACAACGAAAAUACUGCUGCACAAGAGCGCGGAGUAGUAGCUUGUUGUUGGGGAAAUGGUAAGCCAGGUACCACAUUUGUCAUGUUGGAUUCAAAAGGCGAGUUGGUUGAUCUGAUGCAUGCCGGGUCACUGACAUUGCGAUCUCAGAAUAUCAAUGACCAGCAGCGCAGAAAAAGUGAUCAGAAGUGUGUUCUCAAGUUCCUUACAAUUCAUCGACCAAAUGUUAUUGUAUUAGGAGCUGCCAAUGCGUCCUGUAUAAGGUUGAAGGAGGACAUUAAUGAGAUUAUUUCCAUUAUGGCGGAGGACAAUUUUCAAGACGCCGAUCAAGAUAUGAAUGGACUACCAGCAGUUGUAUUGGGGGAUGAAGGCUUGCCUCGUCUGUAUGAAGAGUCAGAAAUUUCAACGAGCCAGUUUCCUAGACAAUAUGGCAUUGUCAAGAGAGCUGUGGCCCUUGGCCGUUACCUUCUAAAUCCGCUGGCAAUGGUUGCAACACUGUGUGGAGUCAAUAAAGAGAUAUUGUCUUGGAAAUUGAACCCUCUGGAGAGAUUCUUAUCAAGUGACGAGAAGAUGGAGAUGAUUGAAUGGAUCAUGAUAGAUAUUACAAACCAAGUAGGUAUAGACAUAAAUUUGGGAACUAGACAUGACUGGCUGUUGGCACCUUUGCUGUUCGUUUCUGGUCUUGGACCCAUAAAAGCUGGUAUUUUGCACAGAGAACUACUUGGAGGUUCAGAUGUGAGAAACCGAAAGGACUUGGCUAAAUUUGGACUGAACACAAAAAGGGUUUUCUGCAAUGCUGUUGGUUUUUUACAGGUUUCUUGUGAUGACCCAAAUUUUGUUGAUACUGCUGGAAAUAUCCUUGACCGUACAAGAAUUCAUCCAGAGUCAUAUAGUCUUGCUGAGGAAUUAGCUAGAGCUGUUGUUACCAAACAUUAUGCUGAUGCCAAUGAUACCCAAUUGAAUGCAAUUGAAUGUAUUCAAAAUGAUCCAAAACUGCUAGACAAUUUUGAUCUAAAUGAAUAUGCAGAUAGACUGGAAACAGAAAAAGAUGAAUACAAAAGGGUUACUCUUUUUGACAUAAAGAUGGAACUACUCCAUGGAUUUAAAGAUCCCAGGAGCCCUUAUCAGGAACCGACUCAAGAUGACGAGUACUAUAUGGUAACUGGAGAACCGGGGGUUGCCCUGAUUGAGGGAGAAAGAGUUCAGGCAACAGUUCGUCGGGUACUGGCUCGCCAAGCAUUCUGUGAGCUUGAAUCUGGAAUAUCUGGAAUAGUGUUCAGGGAGGAUUUUUCAGAUGAUAUUGGGGAUAUACCGUUAACGGAAAAAUUGCGUGAAGGUGUUGUGCUUAAAUGCAAGGUCAAACUAAUUGAUAAGAGUAGAUGCCAGGUUACUCUGACAUGUAAAGUUAGUGAUUUGAAGAGUGUUGGAGAUCAAAGUUUCCGUGAAAUGGAUCCCUAUUAUUCUCAAGGAAACAUCAUCUUGCCAAGUCAACAAGAGUCAGCAGACAAAAAGGAUAUUGCAAAUAAAAGUUUCUUGUCAAGAAAAAUUUCUCAUCCCCAUUUUCAGAAUAUAACUGCAGAUCAAGCAAAAGAGUUCCUUGCAGAUAAGGCUGUUGGGGAAUAUAUUUUCCACCCAAGUUCAAAGGGCCUAUGUUAUUUGACCUUAUCUCUUAAAUUUUUUGAUACAAUUUAUGUACACAAAGACAUUUUGGAGGGUGAGAAGAGUCAUGAUAUGAAUAGCUUGGCUGAACUUGGAAGGACAUUAAAAAUAGGAGAGGAAAUAUUUGAAAACAUAGACAAGGUUAUUGAACUAUAUGUCAACCCAUUGGUAGUUCAACUGAAAAAUUUGAUUAAUUUCCGAAAAUUUAAGAAGGGCACAAAAGCUGAAGUUGACGAACUGUUAAAACACGAGAAGGAGGAAUAUCCAAAUAGGAUACCAUAUGGCAUUGGCAUUUCAUAUGAUCAUCCUGGCCUUUUCAUAUUGUCGUACAUUAGAAGUACCAAUCCACAUCAUGAAUUUAUUGCCAUCCAUCCAAAAGGAUUCAGGUUCAGGAAGCAAAUAUUCAACAACAUUGAGCAGCUGAUGGCAUAUUUUCAAAGGCAUAUCAAUGAUAAAGUUACACGUGGAAAUGAUUACAAUGAAAGCGGGGAUGGUCGUGGAUCUGGUCGCGGCCGUGGCCGUGGUCGCGGUGGUGGGGCGUGUUACAAAUGUGGUGAGUCAGGUCACAUGUCUAGGGAGUGCACCCAGGAGGGUGGUGGAGGUGGAGGAAGGGGCGGUGGAUCAUGCUACAAAUGUGGCGAGUCUGGUCACAUGGCAAGGGAAUGCACCCAAGAGGGUGGUGGAGGUGGAGGGAGGGGCGGCGGUGGCGGAAAUUGUUACAAAUGUGGUGAGUCGGGUCACAUGGCUAGGGAGUGCACCCAAGAGGGUGGUGGAGGCGGCGGCGGUGGUGGUGGAAAUUGUUACAAAUGUGGUGAGUCAGGUCACAUGGCUAGGGAGUGCACCCAGGAGGGUGGUGGAGGUGGAGGGUGGGGCGGCGGCAGUGGUGGUGGCGGCGGUGGUAAUUGUUACAAAUGUGGUGAGUCGGGUCACAUGGCUAGAGAGUGCACCCAAGAGGGUGGUGGAGGUGGAGGUAGGGGGGGUGGUGGGGCAUGUUACAAAUGUGGCGAGUCUGGUCACAUGGCUAGAGAGUGCACCCAAGAGGGCGGUGGAGGUGGAGGUAGGGGGGGUGGUGGAGCAUGCUACAAAUGUGGCGAGUCUGGUCACAUGGCUAGAGAGUGCACCCAGGAGGGUGGUGGAGGUGGAGGGAGGGGCGGUGGUGCUUGCUAUAAAUGUGGUGAGUCUGGUCACAUGGCUAGGGACUGCACCCAGGAGAGUGGUGGAGGUGGAGGGUGGAGCAGCAGUGGUGGACGUGGUAGAGGUCGUGGGCGUGGACGCGGAUCUAGUCAUAGUUCUUUCUCUCAAGAUGAUAGUAUGGAUGUCAAUGAUGGUGGUGGGAGUGGAUGGGGAGGAACUGGUGGUAAAAGUUGGGGUGGAAAUAGCACAAAUGAAGAAAGCAAUACCGAAAAAAUUGGUUGGGGAGUCGCAACUGGUGGUAAAACUUGGGGUGGAAAUAGUACAAAUGAAGAAAGCAAUACAGAAAAAGGUGGUUGGGGAGUCGCAACUGCCAGUAAUAGUGGGUCUGGAAAUGAAAAUGCUGGCUGGGGUGCUGCUCCUGGCAAGAAAGAAACUCCCUCUGGUGGUAGUGGAUGGGGAACAACCGGUGGUACAAGUUGGGGUGGAAACAGUACAAACAAAGAAAGCAAUACAACAAGCAAUGGUGGAUCUGAAAAUGAAAAUGCUGGAUGGAGUGCGGCUCCUGGGAAAAAUGAAACUCCCUCUGGUGGUGGUAGUGGAUGGGGAGCGACUGGUGGUAAAAGUUGGGGUGGAAGCGGUGCAAACGAAGAAAGCAAUACAGCUAAAGGUGGUUGGGGAGUCCCAACAUCCAGCAAUGGUGGAUCUGGAAAUGAAAAUGCUGGAUGGAGUGCUGCUUCUGCGAAGAAUGAUACUCCCUCUGGUGGUGAGAGUGGAUGGGGAGCGACUGGUGGUAAAAGUUGGGGUGGAAAUAGUACAAACAAAGAAAGCAAUACAACAGGUGGUUGGGGAGCCACAACUGCCAGCAAUGGUGGAUCUGGAAAUGAAAAUGCUGGAUGGAGUGCUGCUUCUGCGAAGAAUGAUACUCCCUCUGGUGGUGAGAGUGGAUGGGGAGCGACUGGUGGUAAAAGUUGGUGUGGAAAUAGUACAAACAAAGAAAGCAAUACAACAGGUGGUUGGGGAGCCACAACUGCCAGCAAUGGUGAAUCUGGAAAUGAAAAAUCUGGAUGGAGUGCUGCUCACGGGAAGAAUGCAACUCCCUCUGGUGGUGAGAGUGGAUGGGGUGGGACUGGUGGUGGGGGUGGAUGGGGAGGGAGUGGUGGUAAAAAUUGGGGUGGAAGUAGUACAUAUGAAGACAGUAAUGUAGCAGAAGGUGGAGGCAGUGGCUAUGGGGGCGGUGGUGGACGAGGAGGUGGUAGAGGUGGAGGGGCAUGCUACAAGUGUGGUGAGUCAGGGCAUAUGGCUAGAGACUGCACCCAGGAGGGUGGUGGAGGGAGGGGUGGCGGUGGACGAGGAGGCGGAAGAGGUGGUGGGGCGUGCUACAAGUGUGGUGAGUCGGGUCACAUGGCUAGGGAAUGCACCCAAGAGGGUGGUGGAGGACGUGGAGGCGGAAGAGGUGGUGGCGCGUGCUACAAGUGUGGUGAGUCAGGUCACAUGGCUAGGGAAUGCACCCAAGAGGGUGGUGGAGGUGGAGGGAGGGGAGGCGGCGGUGGAAAUUGUUACAAAUGUGGUGAGUCGGGUCACAUGGCUAGGGAGUGCACCCAAGAGGGUGGUGGUGGUGGAGGAAGGGGCGGUGGCGGUGCUUGCUACAAGUGUGGUGAGUCGGGUCACAUGGCUAGGGACUGUAGCCAGGGCGGUGGUGGAGGGAGGGGUGGUGGAGGUGGAAGAGGUGGUGGAAAUUGUUACAAAUGUGGUGAGGCUGGUCACAUGGCUAGGGACUGCACCCAGGAGAGUGGUGGAGGUGGAGGUGGAGGGUGGAGCAGCAGUGGUGGAGGUGGAGGCGGAGGGUGGACCAGCACUGGUUGAAGUUCAUUGCCUACUGCUUAUAUAAUGGUUUAUCUUUUGCAGGAUCGGUGUUAUUUUGUUUUUAUGCUUCAUGAUAUGGUGGGAUUUUUUGAAAUUUUAUUAUGGAUCCUCUCUAACAAAAUCUGCUCCGACAUCCCUUUUCUAUGUUGAAGUAUGUGAUCUCAUUUCUCUGAUACAAGGAAAUACAGCAGAACGAAGUUUGGGGCUCAGUUGUUAGCAAUGCUGGCUGUACCUUGAUAUCAGAAUUCUGAAUAAAGUGGUUCGCAUGGUAAGUUUGCAUCUCCCUCUAGUUAUGAGAGUGGAUAUGGAGAGACAAUUGGUAAAAGUUGGUUAUAAUUUCUUGAUGCUAAUGACUACUAGUGGUUGGUAUAUUUCCCUCUCUAGAAGUAAAACUUUCUCUGGUUUAUUUUGCUGGUAUUUUUAUUUAUGGCUGGAUAUGUAGGUACAAAAACAUGAGUAAUAUUUGCAGUCUAGUUUAUGAUUCCUGAGUUAUCCAACAUUUAGAGGAAACUUUUUCCUAUGCUCUUUGCAUAAAUAUUUAUCCCUCUAUUGUCUACCCUAAUUAAAAGAUUGUUACUGGCUUUCUAUUUGUUUGGAAA